AAUGACGUCACAGGAAACCGGAAAAGAAUGAAUUAAACGGGACCGACAUGUAAAGUGUUGCACCUCUGAGCGGCUGGUGCGAGGUCAUAACAAUGAGACGGCUAGGUGUUCGUCUCCUCCGCCACUUCUACCGUCCUCCGCUCACUGGUUUUAGGCUUCUCCAUCAGAGGGGAAUCUUAACAGGUUCCCUCCCGGGUCACAGCAGCACUAUUCCGGGUUCCAGCUGCCACAUCCACAGGAGUGUGAGCAGCACUGCUGUCAGCCAGCACAUCCAGGACCUGAGUGGGCCCGAACAGAGACUGUUGGAUAAACUGUAUGAUGGUCUAAUCUCUGGACAGAGGGCCUCCCUGGCGGAGUCCAUCACGCUGGUGGAGACCCAGCAUCCCAGGAAGAAGGAGCUGGCUCAGGUGUUGCUGCAGAAGGUGCUGGUCUUCAGGAGGGAGCAGGAGCGCAGAAAUGGAGGAAAACCAGUGGCCUUUAGAGUAGGUUUAUCUGGCCCUCCUGGAGCUGGGAAGUCGUCAUUCAUUGAGGUGGUGGGAAAAAUGUUAACUGGACAGGGACACAAAGUGGCAGUGCUGGCUGUUGACCCGUCCUCCUGCACUUCAGGAGGGUCUUUGCUAGGGGAUAAAACUCGUAUGACUGAGCUUUCUAGAGACAUGAACGCUUUCAUCAGGCCGUCGCCGGCUUCGGGGACGCUCGGCGGCGUCACCCGGACAACCAACGAGGCCAUCGUUCUUUGUGAGGGAGCAGGAUAUGACAUCGUUCUAGUGGAGACUGUUGGUGUUGGUCAGUCUGAGUUUGCAGUGGCAGACAUGGUUGACAUGUUUGUGCUUCUGAUCCCACCAGCAGGUGGCGAUGAACUCCAGGGCAUCAAGAGGGGCAUUAUCGAGAGAGCCGACUUGGUGGUGGUGACAAAGUCAGAUGGAGAUCUUGUGGUUCCAGCCAGACGGAUCCAGACCGAAUACACCAGCGCCCUGAAACUGCUGAGGAGACAAACCAGAUCCUGGAACCCCAAGGUGGUCCGUGCCUCCGCCAACACCUUUGAGGGCAUCCCAGAAGUCUGGGCCAAGAUGGAGGCGUACAGGGCCGCCAUGCUGAGCAGCGGCGAGCUGCAGGGCCGGCGGCGGGCCCAGCAGAAGGUCUGGAUGUGGAGUCUGAUCCAGGAGAACGUCCUCUGGCAUUUCCAGAACCACCCGGCCGUCAGAGGGACUCUGCCCCGCCUGGAGCAGAAGGUCACCAGGGGAGAAAUCUCUCCAGGACUGGCUGCUGACCUGCUUCUCAAAGCUUUCUCAGAGACAUCGUAACAUGGCGGCCAACAGAACGUUUGAGUUGAACAAAUUCCUGGUGGCCAUCGCCGCUGCGCCCCCUCUGGUCAAGGAAGGCAGGACGGCGUGAACGGCUGUGAUUCUUUGAUUUGCACAAACAGUGUUUGUUUUUAACCUUUCUGAGAAACAACCAAAUUCUGAUUCAUUUUUAUUCUUAAGUAUAACGGAGUAUGAAGGCCACUCUAAGAAAAUAAAUACAUAAAAUUACGAGAAUUAAGUUGUGCGAAAAUAGUCAUAACUUUAAAAGAUUAAAGUCAAAGUACUUUGAGAAUAUUCAUAUGAGAAUAAAGACGUAUAACUAGAAUAAAGUUGGAAUAUUUUCAGAAUAAACUCAAAAUAAUACAAGAACAAAGUUGUAGUGUUACAAGAAUAGUCAUUUUCUAACUUUAAGGUAAUAUGUCAUUCUUGAAAUAUUCCGACUUUAUUCUCAUAUUAAUACAACUUUAAGCUUGUGUUAUUUUGACUUUAUUCCCUUACGACUUCUUGUAAUAUGACUUUGUUCUCGUGGUUUUAUGACUUUAUUCCUGUCAUUUUAUUUUAUUUUGUCUUAGUGUGGCCCUAAUACUUCAUCAAAUGUAAGAGGUGGUGAGCGAGGUGUAUGGCUUCAUCUCCAUGGCAAUAACAGUAAGAAGUGACUAAAUAAUGAAUCUGAUAGUUUUAAAGUCAGUGCUGGUCCAGUUUUCACUGCAGCAUUAAAGUUUCUCAGUGUUUAGAAAAAAGGUCCAGAUCUUGAGGCUUUCCUGCUCCCACCCCUUUUCUAAUCACUUUUACAAACUGGGUUAUUUACCAGAACAGCUUUAAAUUGAGCACAAUGCAAAUCUUUAAACGAUAAGCUAAACAAAAAGAGGCCUCGCAUAUAAACAAUUAUGACCCUGUCGGAGCUGCUAUGGACAGUGUUUUAUUGUGAAAAUCUUUUACAGAUGUUGUAACUUGAUUAAAAUGGUUACAUAAAAGACGAAUGUGGAUCUUAA